AUGGCAAAUGAUUUCGAAACACUUAAUCAAUUAUAUGAAGUGCUAUUAUAUAAGAAGAAGGAUAUAAUAGCUAUUCAGAAAAAACUCGGUAUUAGUGGUAAUGCAAAUCAAAUGACAAACAUUGAAGCUAGAAGGCAAAAAACACUUGCCGAUUCAUAUGAGUUAUUGUUAAAUUUGGUGGAAGAUAUAAUACCAAUACAGGAUGAUCUCAGCAUUGAUGGUAAUCCCAUUCUAGAAGAGGCACUCCAAAGCAAUAAAGCUUCUACGGAUAUUUCAUAUAGAGAAAUAUAUAAUUUGCUUUUAUAUCUGGAAGAGGAUAUAAUAACAAUUCAAGAUGAACUCGGUAUUAUUGGUUAUUCUAAUCAAGAAAGGGCAGAAGAAGUCGAUGAAAAAGCAAGAGCAUAUCUCCAAAAGUUUGAGGAAUUCCACGGUCCAUUAGAAGAUGUUCCAAUUGUGAUUUUACAGAAAUAUGGUGAAAUGGGGGUAAAUAAAAUUCAGUUUUCCGGAGAGAUACUACCGUUAUUUCCAAAUCUCUCUCCUCAACAAUUGCAUGAAAUAUUCGUCAAAAAUCCAUCUAGCACCGGACAGUGCCUAUGUCUAGAACAGAUUAGCUAA